UUCAUUCAAAACUGGUGUCGUGUCUCGGAGGCACAUUAUCUGUGAAAUAUUUAGAUUUUUAGAGGUAAAAUGAUAAAGGCACACAAAUGAAAUCAUGGUGGAUCAUCUCUGCUUUUGUCGUUCUUUACAUCGCGACACAUUUUACAAACAAGUAUGUUCUGUCAGUAUUACAGUUCACUUAUCCAACAAUAUUUCAAGGUUGGCAAACUCUGAUUGGAUUUCUGAUAUUAACAACAGCUGGACAAUGCCUAUCCAUGGAUACAGGUAACGUUACAAGAUCAACAGUGAUAGAUUGGUGGAUUGGGGGAAUGUUAUUUAUUGGUACUAUUUAUGCUGGUUCCAGGGCCUUAUCAAGAUUAUCAAUUCCUAUUUUUAUAAUACUUCAAAAUAGUGGUCAUAUCAUAGUUGCAAUAUUGGAAUGGGCUGUUCAAGGAAAAAUACCAUCUUUUGAUAUUCAAAUCAGUUUAUUAUGGUUGUUGGUUUCUGGUUUAUUGGUCUGGCAGAAUGAUCCCAUGUUUGACUCUGAUGGUUAUUUCUGGAUGGCAGCACAUGUGAUAUUUAAUUCUUUCUACUCUUCAUUCUCCGCCAACUUUGGAAAAUCUGCCAAAUUUAGUGAAAUCAAUAAACUUUAUCACAACUACUUACUGAGUGUGGUAGUAUUAAUACCUUCAAUUGUUAUACUUGGAGAUGCAUUUUAUGCGAAGAAUUUUCCAUUUUGGUUUUAUUACAAAUUCCAUGUUGGUUGUAUACUAAGUGGGUUAUUCGGAACGUUUCUGAAUCUUUCGUCUAUACGGUUAACUGAGCGGCUUUCAUGUGGUCAGUUUGCCUGGAUAUCAUUUGCAGCAAGAGUAAUGCUUGUCGCUGCUUCAUUCUUUUUCUUUCAACAACAUUUCACUCCAAGUUUUGUUACCUGUCUUCUAUCUGGUACGGGAAGUGACUUGUCAUUUGUCUACGCUAAAUAUGUGCUACGUGAUGAGAAAUCAACAACACAGCUCUUACCGGUUGCUACGACUACUAAAACCACAGAAGCAGAGCCGAUAUGA